AGGACUCAUAGUUGUUGACAUGUUCUUUAGUGCCCAUAUGCCCAUAUUUGGCUGAGAAGACUUGCAUUGAGACAAUGGAGAAGCUUGCUUCAAGCUGGUUUGAUGUUCAAUCUGUGCCAGAGAGCUACAUAUUCCCACCAGAAAGAAGACCUGGCAAGCAUAUAUUUCCUCUCUGCAAAACCAUUCCAAUCAUUGACCUUGGAAAACUAGAGGGUACGGAUCGAAGUAAUAUAAGCCAGCAGAUUUUGGAAGCCAGCCAAAAAUUUGGAUUCUUCCAGGUGAUCAACCAUGGAGUCUCGGAAAAUUUGUUACUUGAUGCAAUGAAAAUCUUCAAGGAGUUCUUUAACAUGGCUGCUGAGGACAAGGCAAAUGGCCCCAACAAAGGCGGCUGGGUUUACACGAACAGCAUCAGCUAUGCAAAAGAAGGUGUUCAUUUGUGGAGGGAAAAUUUGAAAAUCCCUUGUCAUCCAUUGGAGGAAUGCAUGCAAUUUUGGCCGGAAAAGCCAACUAGAUACAUGGAGGUUGUUGGGACAUAUGUGCUAGAAGUAAGGAAGUUGAGCUUGAGGAUCUUGGAGCUUAUUUCUGAAGGAUUGGGACUCGAAUCAGGGUACUUCAAAGAAUCAAGCGAAAUUCAACUGUUGUCGGCUAAUCACUAUCCACCGUGCCCUGAUCCAAGUCUAACAUUGGGUAUACUGAGACACUUUGACCCUAGCCUCAUUACCAUUCUCUAUCAAGGGGAUGUGUGUGGGCUUCAAGUGUUCAAAGAUGAGCAAUGGAUUGGUAUUGAGGCUCUUCCCAAUGCGUUUGCUGUCAACAUAGGCAACCAGUUACAGAUAAUCAGUAAUGGGAAGCUAAAGAGCGCUGAACAUCGUGUAGUUACAAACUCAAGUGAAGCUAGGACAAGCAUUGCCACUUUCAUCAAUCCUACUUCCAACUGCAUUGUAGAACCUGCGAAAAGUUUGGUUAACGCAAUGAAUCCCCCACUCUACGAGGCCUUUAUGUACAAGAAAUUUGUCAAUUCUUCCAAAGCCUUUGGUGAUGAUACUGAUGCAAUUCAAAAUAUUUUAAGCUCUGUGAUUCAAUGCAUGAAAGGAACAUAGUAUCGCGGUUGUUCUGAAACAUAGUUUGCUAUAGUAUUGUGCUUGAUCUGAAACAUAGUUUGUUAUAGUGUGGCGGUUGAUCUGAAACAUAUAGUUUGGUAUAAGAGCUUGUGUGAAAUCCAUUGUCAUGAGGCAUUUAUUGUGAUGAAAAAAAAUAUAGUAAUUCUUUGUCUUGC